AUGUCAUCAAGCCACCACCAUCAACAAGUACCAACGUUGAAAAUAGUGCUACUAGGAGAUCUGGGAGUGGGCAAGACUUGUUUAAGGUCACAGUUUGUUCACCAUGUGUUUACAAACUCAUAUAAAGCUACAAUUGGCGGCGAUUAUCUCACUACAACAAUUGAACUACCUCGAGAAAAACACAUUCGUGGGAAAACUGUUGAAACUACCAAAUCAGUUUCGCAGGCAGCACCCUUUGAGGAAGUAGAAGAGGUGCUGGAGAAUAACUCUUUCCACACAGAAAAGAUAAAUUUGCAAAUAUGGGAUACUGCUGGACAAGAAAGGUUUAAUUCAAUAUCACUGGCAUUCUAUCGAGGUACUGAUAUAUGUAUCCUAUGCUAUGACAUAACCAAUUACGAGUCUGUACUAAGCUUGAGAGACUGGUUUGGUUGGUUUAUAGAGCAUUGUCGUGUUGCUAACCCAGGUGUGAUUAUUGUUGGGAACAAACUUGAUAAGUCGAAAAAUCGAGUAGUGGAUAAAGAGGAAAUCAAGGAUAUAUUACCCAACAAUGCAACAAAGCUGCCAGCAAAUGUUGGUGAUUAUAUUUGUAAUUGGGAUACAGAUGUGUUGGAAGUAAGUGCAAAACAACUAGAUAAAGUCAAGGAGUUAUUUGUAAGGGCAGCAACAUUGGGUAGAGACCUUCAUCUGAGUGACUACAUGGAACAUCGAAGAUUGCAAAAUUCAAAUAAUAUAAUCGAUUUGCAUCAAACCAUUCAAAUAGAUAAUAAAUCAAAAUGUGCAUGUUGA